AAUGAAUGCAUUUAAAAAUGGGAUUCUAUGAGAGUAAUUAUUUGUGACAUAUGAUUAUUUGCAAAAUUAUAGUCCAUGUUAUUUUGUUUUCUAAAGUAAGACCUUUGCUUAAACAUGUGUCUUUGUAUAUUUCAGAUAUAGCCCUCUGCAUAAAAUGUCUCCAUGUCUGUUUAGGGUCACAAAACCACCGAUAUGAAUCCAAGGUGACUGUUCUUCAGCAUCCCGUAUCAGAGCCAGUCCAGUCUGGAGAUACAGUGACCCUGCGGUGCUCUGUGCUGUAUGAACACAGCACCAAAGAUAUCAGGAUGUUCUGGUUCAGAUCAGAUUCAGGACAAUCUGUUCCAGAAAUCCUUCAUACUCAUAAUUAUUCUAAUCAGUGUGAGACUGACUCUACACAGAGCUGCACAUUCAAACUGUCCAAAAACAUUAGCAGUCAAAUGGACACUGGCACUUACUACUGCGCUGUAGUCACCUGCGGAAAAAUUCUGUUUGGGAAUGGAACAAAUAUAAAUAUGGUAAAGCCAGUGGAUCCUCUAGUCAUUAUCUUGGGUGUGUUAUUGGGCAUUUGUGUGGUUGUGAUCACUGCUCAAGCUAUUUCAAGUUUUAAAAAGGAAAAAUACUACAACAGCAAAGAAAAAAUGCUACAAGACACUGAAAAAGAGCAUCCCUCCAGUCAGGACCAUGAUGCAGUGAUGUUGAGUUAUGCUGCUUUGCAUUUUAAGAAGGCAAAUAACAGAAGAGUGCGAAGGAAGGGGGAAACACCUCAAGAAAGUGUGUACAGCCAAAUCAACAACCCCAGUGUGACUGAGCAUACUGUGAUUGAGUACAGAACUGUGUAGAAUCUAAUAG